AUGCCUACUGUACCAUAUCCCUGUUUGCCCUCAAUAUCUCCUCUUGGUGACAUUUCUACCAGCUGCAAAAGAUUCAAACAAUCUCCACCUCCAGACAAUGCCAAUCUCAUGUUAAGGCUAUUAAAAUCUGAAAUGGUAAUUGCAGUCCCGUGUACCAAACCUGAUGCAGUUCAGAAUGGAGAUGAAAGGCCACAUUCAAGCCUGAACAUUGUCUUCAAAUCACCAGCCUCAACAGUCUCUGAUCCAAGUGACAGGGAAGAGCCUCACAGAAGCCAACAGAAAGUCUCUUGCAGCGCCGUCACGUCCAGUUCCAAAGGUAAGGGAAAGGAAAACAUAACACCAGCAGAGCAAGCUGUGGAAGUGAUGCUACAGGCGUUGUCCACAAAUCCAUAUGAGAUACUGGGUGUGCCUGAUCCUAGUGAAUUGGAAAAUAUCAAACAAGCUUAUAAGUGUCUGGCACUCCUCCUCCAUCCAGACAAGAACAAGCAUCAACAUGCCAAGGAAGUGUUCAAAAGAUUGAACUGGGCGGGAGAGGCCCUGAGAGUGUCAGAUGCCAGUUUUGCUGGGAAUGCAUUUGGAGAUGAAGGUGAAUCUGAUGGGGAUGGUGAUGUACCAAUGCCUGAUUAUGAACCCAGACCAGUUCCGGAUGUGUAUAUUGAAAAACUAUAUACCCAAGCAACACCAUUUGUGAAGCACUUGUUUGAGAAUCCCCUCAACUUCAAGGCUGAGAAUGAGCUAAAACAAAUCAAUGAGUUGAUCACUCAAGAGGUCAAAAACCAUGGGGUACAAGUGACUAUGAAGCACUCUGUGUUCAUAAUACAGUAUCAUCUACUUGCUUCACAGGCGCUUAUUGCGCAUCAUAUCAUCUGA